AUGUACUCACCGGCUAAAAAUCAACUUUCAUUGACUGAACCACGUCUCUGUCGCUUGCAUUCAUCUGUAGAAACAGAUCUCUGUCGCUUGCAUUCGUCUGUAGAACCACAUCUGUGUCGCUUGCAUUCAUCUGUAGAACCACAUCUCUGUCGCUUGCAUUCAUCUGUAGAACCACAUCUCUGUCGCUUGCAUUCCUCUGUAGAACCACAUCUCUGUCGCUUGCAUUCAUCUGUAGAACCACAUCUCUGUCGCUUGCAUUCAUCUGUAGAACCACAUCUCUGUCACUUGCAUUCGUCUGUAGAACCACAUCUCUGUCGCUUGCAUUCCUCUGUAGAACCACAUCUCUGUCGCUUGCAUUCAUCUGUAGAACCACAUCUCUGUCGCUUGCAUUCAUCUGUAGAACCACAUCUCUGUCACUUGCAUUCGUCUGUAGAACCACAUCUCUGUCGCUUGCAUUCCUCUGUAGAACCACAUCUCUGUCGCUUGCAUUCAUCUGUAGAACCACAUCUCUGUCACUUGCAUUCCUCUGUAGAACCACAUCUCUGUCGCUUGCAUUCCUCUGUAGAACCACAUCUCUGUCGCUUGCAUUCCUCUGUAGAACCACAUCUCUGUUCAUUCGUCUGUAGAACCACAUCUCUAACCACAUCUCUGUCGCUUGCAUUCAUCUGUAGAACCACAUCUCUGUCGCUUGCAUUCAUCUGUAGAACCACAUCUCUGUCGCUUGCAUUCAUCUGUAGAACCACAUCUCUGUCACUUGCAUUCGUCUGUAGAACCACAUCUCUCCUGGGCUUGCAUUCAUCUGUAGAACCACAUCUCUGUCGCUUGCAUUCAUCUGUAGAACCACAUCUCUGUCACUUGCAUUCGUCUGUAGAACCACAUCUCUGUCGCUUGCAUUCGUCUGUAGGACCACAUCUCUGUCGCUGGCAUUUAUCUGUAGAACCACAUCUCUGUCACUUGCAUUCAUCUGUAGAACCACAUCUCUGUCGCUUGCAUUCCUCUGUAGAACCACAUCUCUGUCGCUUGCAUUCCUCUGUAGAACCACAUCUCUGUCGCUUGCAUUCCUCUGUAGAACCACAUCUCUGUCGCUUGAAUUCGUCUGUAGAACCACAUCUCUGUCACUUGCAUUCGUCUGUAGAACCACAUCUCUGUCUUGCAUUCCUCUGGAACCACAUCUCUAACCACAUCUCUGUCGCUUGCAUUCGUCUGGAGAACCACAUCUCUGUCUUGCAUUCAUCUGUAGAACCACAUCUCUGUCGCUUUCAUUCCUCUGUAGAACCACAUCUCUGUCGCUUGCAUUCCUCUGUAGAACCACAUCUCUGUCGCUUGCAUUCCUCUGUAGAACCACAUCUCUGUCGCUUGCAUUCAUCUGUAGAACCACAUCUCUGUCGCUUGCAUUCAUCUGUAGAACCACAUCUCUGUCACUUGCAUUCGUCUGUAGAACCACAUCUCUCUCGCUUGCAUUCAUCUGUAGAACCACAUCUCUGUCGCUUGCAUUCAACUGUAGAACCACAUCUCUGUCACUUGCAUUCGUCUGUAGAACCACAUCUCUGUCGCUUGCAUUCGUCUGUAGGACCACAUCUCUGUCGCUGGCAUUUAUCUGUAGAACCACAUCUCUGUCACUUGCAUUCAUCUGUAGAACCACAUCUCUGUCGCUUGCAUUCCUCUGUAGAACCACAUCUCUGUCGCUUGCAUUCCUCUGUAGAACCACAUCUCUGUCGCUUGCAUUCCUCUAACCACAUCUCUUGCAUUCCUCUUAGAACCACAUCUCUGUCGCUUCAUUCAUCUGUAGAACCACAUCUCUGUCGCUUGCAUUCAUCUGUAGAACCACAUCUCUGUCACUUGCAUUCGUCUGUAGAACCACAUCUCUGUCACUUGCAUUCGUCUGGAGAACCACAUCUCUGUCGCUUGCAUUCAUCUGUAGAACCACAUCUCUGUCGCUUUCAUUCCUCUGUAGAACCACAUCUCUGUCGCUUGCAUUCCUUAACCACAUCUCUGUCACUUGCAUUCGUCUGUAGAACCACAUCUCUGUGCUUGCAUUCAUCUGUAGAACCACAUUCGUCUGUAGAACCACAUCUCUGUCGCUUGCAUUCAUCUGUAGAACCACAUCUCUGUCGCUUGCAUUCGUCUGUAGAACCACAUCUCUGUCGCUUGCAUUCAUCUGUAGAACCACAUCUCUGUCACUUGCAUUCGUCUGUAGAACCACAUCUCUGUGCUUGCAUUCAUCUGUAG